AUGCCCGAUAUGAUGAUGGCCGAUGCCGCUGGUCUGGCUGAUCCGCCCGACUUUGAGGCGGAUCAACGGACUCCAGAAACGGCGCCGCCAUCCUGCGACGACGACGCUUCCACAAACGCUGAUGCCUCUGACCUUCAAGCUUGGCCCUACGACGCUCCCUCAAUUGUCUGGCCUCGCGACCGGCUGCCCGUCGAAAUCUUCGAGAUCAUCACUACCCAUCUCACCAGGUUCGAAGUCAGAAGCCUACGACUCGUGUGCAGGGAAUUCGAAGCCAAGGUGUCGGCGCAGUAUUUUCGAAAUGUCGUUGUACCUUUCAAGUCGGAGCUCUACAGUACCCUGGGCCACGAUAGAAACGGCGUUCUCAACCGCACAUCGUCAGCUCUGCUUUCAAAUGGCAUGCGGAUCUUUGAAUCUUUUGGCCCUCACAUCUGGCGCUUUGCUCUGUCGCUCGAGCUUGACGAGGAUGCCUUGGCUUACCCGCCUAUAAAGCCUACACAAGAAGCCGUCCCGGCCUUCUGGGGUGUGUAUCGUUGGCCACACACCACUUAUCACCGGUACUCAGACCUCGAGGGACUCGAACAAACCGCCGAUGAAACCGGGGCUAUGAAGGAUGCUCUCAAAUGCUUGUCCAAGGUCAGAAAUCUUGGGCUUUGCUGCGACGCCGGCCUCGGUUUUCUCUCAGGACCCGAUCACAUUGCUCGCAAUGCAACCACUCUCCAUCCCGUCUUUGCAACUCAAAACUGGCGCCGCGCGGGUUCGGAGCCGGAUCAGCGGAAGCGUCCCAUCGUCACCGUGGGUGAGGUGACUGAUCUCGUCAAAGCCAUGAAAAAGCCAGUCUUUGAAAACCCAAUCAGCUUUAAGAAAACUGUUCUACAGAAGAUGGUCACCGAUGCUGGGUUCCAAGGCACUCAAAUUAACGAGGCGGUGCGCAUGAUCCUGGAGACAGAGGACUCCAACCUGGCCGCGAUUGAUUUCGACGAGAGAGCGUCAAUGCUCAAUAACUUUGAGGGACGACGGCCAUUCUCGCCUAACAGACUGCUGGCUGAUUUUGAGCCCUCCUCGGACACUACGAAAUACCCACUGAUCCCCUCUAGCCUGACGACGGCGCAGAAAGAGAUGCUCCUUGAGCUCGAGUGGGCACACCGAGCCAUGAUUCAGUCUUACGUUAUUGGCUUGAUUGACAAUGCUCGCGACGGUUGCUUCCAGAACCUGACAACUCUUACGAUUGCCAAAAUCCCUAGCAGCCAUGUGUACAUUUUCAACCGCCAUGACCUCUGGCAAAACCUCCCAACCCUCAACAACGUCUCGUUGGGAGUGAUUGCGGAUUGGCGACGAGUCUCCAAACCAGCUCCUGGUUGUGUCGAGGACAGACCUGUUUCCCCCGUCGAGGCGGUUGAGAAGGUGUAUCAGCUCCUCAACACCUACAUCGGAGCCCAGCAGAACAUCGAGAGUCUUCACUUUGAAUGGAUUUGCGGUGGAGAAUUUGCGCCUGGAACAUACCAGCGAAACCACUAUAUCCUCCCAGCCCCUUUUCUCCCAAUGACCUAUCUUAUGAGUGCGACGGACAGCCCCAAGACUCACGGAGAUUCUAUUCUGAGCCUUCCCUUUGUCAAGCACUUGUCGCUCAAGAACUGCUGGUCAUCCCCACAUGUGCUUCUGCACAUGCUACGCUUCAUGGCGCUCUCCUCACUUGAGAAGCUAGAGCUUGAGUCAGUAUCGCUCUCGGGUCCUCCCACAAACCAGACCCAGGCUCCUCUUCUUCAAGGCGGAAUGGGCCCAAACCCGAACGCCGCAAACUUGCUAAAUCUAUUCCAACAAGUGCAUCAUGGACCCGCCGAUCAGACGCUGCUGCCAGCGCACCCGCAACCGCAACCGCAACUGCAGCUACACAACCCACUGCAGCCGGCCUUGGGUGAUAUUGGCAUUGGGGCUCAUCCAGGCGGAAACUGGGCUGCAAACAUGAUCCAAAAUAUGCAGCCCCUUGUACAGCCACAACAGCAAGAUGAACAGCAGCAAGAUGACCAGCAAGAUGCACAGCAAAUACCCCCACUCAACUUGCUGAGCCAACUCAACACCUUGAUCCCGGACUCGAUGCCUGCGCCAAUGGAGACGCUCCACCAACCCGAGUGGCUGUCUUGGGCAGGCAUCAUUGAGCAUUUCUCUCCCAGCAUCAAGAUUCGCGAUAUCCUGGCAGAACAGACGGCCUCGACUGGUGCGACAAAUGAAGACUCGUGGUUCGACGAGUUGGUUCACUUGGAUCAAUACCUGCCAUGGGUAAACGCCCUCGAGAUUGAUGAGAUGACGUAUUCCCUGAAGUGCCUCUCAUUCAAGUCAUGUGGCUACGUGUCGGUCGACGCACCCUUCCUCAACACGAGAGGCAUUCUUCCUCAUGGCGCCCAGGGACUUAGCGGUAACGCUAACCCCCACAACCAAGAUCUGACUGCUCUCAUGCAACGAUGCCGUGAUAAGAUGCUCGGCCGUAUUUCGCCCUACAUCUCAAGCCGCGAGCUGUUCCAGCUCAUCAACGCCUUUGGCAUGGACAUCGGCUGGGAGAAUGUCUAUGAUGGCAAGACGAUCUCUGAUGCUGUGGCUGACGGCGUCGAGAGCCCUGGGAGAGGUCGCUUCUCGGGGACAAUAGAUGCCGACUAUGCGGAAGUUCGAGGUACAACUGGGCACUUGGGCAACCUUUCCAACAUGGAAGGUCUGGGCUCGUUCUCAUAG